AACGAAUCAAUAGGAGACUCUGAGCGUAGCGGCUACACGUUUAGUUUGUGGCUCCUGUAUUUUUCUCCAAAUUUUGUGAUUAUUACUGGAAAACAAUGUCUAUAUCAAAUUCUGACACCGAGAUGGUGGCGCUAGAUAACUUGUUAACGGAAGAGAAGAAACCCGAGAUUCGAAAACAAGACCAGUGGCCGAGGAAGUCGGAGUAUCUUCUGUCUCUCAUAGGUUACACCGUGGGACUGGGCAAUAUCUGGCGCUUCCCGUACAUUUGUCAGCGAAACGGUGGAGGAGCCUUCCUGAUACCAUACUGCAUAUUUAUCAUCGCACUGUGCUACCCGAUAUUAUUCCUGGAGCAAGCGAUUGGACAAUAUUCAGGACUAAGUCCCACAGAGAUAUGGAGUAUGUGCCCAAUGUUGAAAGGUAUCGGCCACAGCAUGGUGAUCAUCUCCGUGAUCGGCGUCAUCCUGUACAGCAUCAUUGGCUCCUGGAGCAUGUUCUACUUUUACAACUCCUUCUCGACGACGCUGGCGUGGACCACGUGCGACAACUGGUGGAACAGCAUCCACUGCAUCACUGGGGACGAGACUAACAACAUCAGCGCUAUCGGCAACGUGACUGUUAGUGUGAUCGGACUCGAGGUCGCGUACAACACGUCCAUGCAACAGCCCGCUGACGUCGGCAGGGAGUACGACCUGUGGGGCAGUAGCAACACCACGAGGACGUCGCUAGAAGAAUACUUCUUGUUCAACACGCUGAGGAUUUCAUCAGGUUUUGGCGAUGUAGGCAAGCUACAGAUGCACCUCGCUAUUUGUCUACUAGUCUACUGGUUCCUAAUCUACGUGUGUGUCAUGAAAGGAAUCAAAACUGUCGGGAAGGCUGUGUACGUGACGGCGGUACUCCCGUACAUCCUGAUCACUGUGUUACUGGUGCGGUCCGCCAUCAUGCCCGGAGCAGUCGACGGAAUUCUUUAUUACCUCACUCCGGACUUCUCUAGACUCGCUCACACGCAGGUGUGGCUGGAGGCACUAAUGCAGGUGUUUUUCUCGCUGGGAACAGGCUGGGGAGGAAUACUAACGUUUUCCAGUCACAACAAGUUUAAGAACAAUUUCUUAUGGGACAGCUGGAUCUGCGCCUUGGUGGGGGAAGGGACGAGUAUAUACGCCGGACUGGCUGUCUUCUCCGUUCUGGGAUUCCUCGCCAAGCGAGCAGGGAAACACAUUGCCGAUGUUACAGCUUCAGGUCCUGGUCUGGCGUUUAUCGUGUACCCAGAAGCCAUCUCUCUGUUACCUCUUCCACAACUGUGGGCCGUCAUCUUCUUCCUGAUGCUCAUCACAGUAGGAAUGGAUUCACAUUUUGGCUGCGUGGAAACCUUUAUGCACUCGCUUCUUGAUAGCUUUCCGCGCCUGCGCAAACGAAGCAUGUUGGUGACGGCGGCGACAGUGUGCGUCUUCUUUGCUUCAGCACUAAUUUUGACAUCACAGGGUGGUGUGUACAUGUUUCAGCUGAUAGACUGGUAUUUCUGUACCUUCUCUCUCUUAUUCAUAUCAGCGCUGGAGUGCAUUGCGAUUGGAUGGGGCUAUGGUGUGAGACGUUUCGGAGACGACGUUAAGACGAUGCUUGGGUGGAGACCUCCAGCUGUGUACAACAUCUUCUGUUUCGUCAUAGCACCCACAAUGCUGAUGAGUGCCCUGGUGGUUUCCUUCUUCCUGUACAAGCCACCAAACUACGGCGAGUACGAGUAUCCGAGGUACGCCCGCGUCAUUGGCUGGAUGUUCGCUGGUCUGACGGUGUUACCCAUACCUGUCUACCUCGUUAGAGAGUUCCUCGCAAGGGAGGGAAGAAUAUGCACGAGAAUACAGGACAUGUUGGAACCUGACUCGACAUGGGGAUCACGUCACGGAUCCGAGUUAAUGACGUGCACCAAAACGUCACCCGUUAAACGCCGGACCAUUCGAGAAAACACGCGUGAUAUACUCAACAUCCGUGCUUAGGGGCCAGAUUGUCACCACGUGCGAUCAUGAUGCGAUUAGGGGCCAGACUCUAACCACGAGCGAUCACUGAUGUGUCAUAAAUCGUGUCCUUUGCUUACCACAUUGAUAGCUGCCACCCAUGUGGACGCAUUUCUUCAUGCACUUGUUAUUAUUGUUUUUAGUUUUUUUAAUUUAUGUUUCGUUUCUACCACCCAGGAGACAACGGGUUCUGUUACUCAUAUGCUGUAUCAGUAUCCUCAUAGUUCAACAUAUCCGAGUUAAUAAAACUCAUACGAAAGAAAGAAAUGUUUUAUUUAACGACGCACUCAACACAUUUUAUUUACAGUUAUAUGGCGUCAGACAUAUGGUUACGGACCACACAGAUAUUGAGAGAGGAAACCCAUGUCGCCA